AUGUCGGAGCCCGAUAUUUCACCCCAACGGCGGUCCUCAUCCCAGGCAUCCUCCGCAUCCAACAGGAGUCAGAAGGCUAGGACACUUCGUGCCAAAACUCAAAAGCGCCAUUCGGGCUCGUCUCAUGUCACUACGGACCUGACCUCCUUCCCUUCGCUUUCGCCACCCGACCGCUCCACUGCCCUAAACAGAGGCUUGACCAAUAUAUUGAUGACAGGUGGUGAUGGUGAAGAGGAGACUGGUUAUGAGAGAAGUGAAGUCAGCCGUGGGCGCAGGGCCACCCUUGCCCGACUGACAACCGGCGUGUCUCAUGCCUCGGGUCGGGCAGCUCUUUUCGCCGAUUCGGUCUCGACACAUGAUGUUCCUGGGGCCCUGCAUCUGGCAGACGACGCUCAUAUUGAGCGAGUAAUCGCAAAUACAGGGCCAGUGAAGAUUGUGAGACAGUUUGCGCGCGAUCUUGCUCAGCGAGAUGCUGAGAUUUCCACGUUACGGCAACGUGCCGAUGCGAGAGAGCGAGAGUUGAAGAGGAUGCUUCGAGAGGUGUCGGUGUCAAAUCAAGAUAUUGAGCGGCGUCUGUACCAACUAGAGAAUUCUCCCGAAGACCGCAAUUCUGACGGAGAAAGCAGCACCAAUAGUGAUCAUGCUGGGCUCAAUGGCCUCAUGUCCCAGGCUAUGACAGAUGCCGUGGGGUCUCCGCUUGAUGAGGAGCUUCGUGAGACUUCAUCUGAUCUCCAAGCUACCAUUCGUGCUGGACAGCGGCCGGAGAGUGAGAAUCGAAUUGCUGCCGGAUCAAGUACUGAAUCGAGUAACAACCGCAAAAGACAGGGCUCGAUGCGAGGAUGGCAGGACUACUUCUUUGGCUCUACCAAUGCCAGCCGGAAGACAAGUCGUGCGAGCAGUAUUAUGAGCGAUAUGCGAGAAAUUGAAGAGGAAGACGGCGGAGACCGUGCUCGAGUGCCGAGCAACCCUUCGGUCCGACGGAAAGCUCUUGAUGAUCAGCUGUUCCAGCCACCAGGAGCCUCAGCAACUGAGAUAUUGAACCGGCGCAUCGCCAGUGGCUCUGCAAAUGGUGAUGAUUCAAGCAUUCAUUCCCGGAAAUCUUCGCGCUCAAUGGGCUCCUGGACAAUCAAAUUAUUUGCCGGUAAUUCACAGUCAAAAGACGCUAGUGAUUCCGAGACCAAUCGCAACAGAACACCAUCCGACAAUCAAGACAAGUCAGCUGCAUCGACAUUGUCUGGGACUGCCAGUUCCAAAGGAGGAAUGUCCGCUGUGGCUGCGUUGAAAAGAAUCAACAGCAAUUCAAAUGUUCCCGCUACGGCAGGGCGCAACUUUAGUGGCGGUGGUACAGUCAAAAUUAACCCGCCAGCUACUCGAAGGCUCCCGGCAGGAAGUGUUUCACAGGGUACAGGCGCUGAAGUUACCGAUCGGAGCUCAACUAAUCUUGGCCCCGUUGAAAUGGAUGCGAUCUUGCCUGUCGAAUCUCGACCACCCACGCUUGCGCCAACUUACAAUAAUACUCAGUCGGGCGAAUUUCUCACUGAUAGAUUUGGUUUCAUCUAUGACCAGCGCCGGAAGAAACGUCAGAGAGAAGCCACUGCAUCAAAGGGCCAUAGAUCAAAGUUGAGCAUUGCCGAGACUUUGGGGAACCUUCGCAGUGACUCAUCAGAUGUUGAGGAUGACCAUCAGAUCAGCCCAAAGCCUCAAGAAACAGAUGUCGCAACCGCAGGCUCUCCUACCGUAUCUCCCGAUGACCCUGAAAGUGAAGUCGUUGGAUUGCGCCGUUGGCAGGACUAUCUUAAGAUACCAUCUCGCCCGACAGAGCUUCUGUCUCAUACCCCUUCAGCAGCUCCUAUCAUUUCACUCAUGACGGCAGGUGAGAGCCGCCCACAUAGUUCAUCUGUCUCUGUUGAUAAAGGAGGUACACUUUCGGUGGGCUCAAGCGCACAACCAUUCGCAUCCACCUCUACUGUAACGGCCGAUCGCCCCGAGUUUGCUGGAAACAACACAGAGGAACAUCCUCCUACCGCAUCCACCAAGAGCAACCCUUCUGAAACCGAGCCGGUCAAGCUUCUACUGGAGCAGCUCACGGAACUUCACGAUACCCUACAGCGUGACCGGACCGUGAGGUGGAAUGAGUUCCUUCGCAAAGUCCGUGCAGAGCGCCGCAAGGAGGGCGAAGCCGCCGCGGCGGCGGCAUCUUCAGAUCGAUCAGUUCCCGCCGUUGAUACCCCCGAAGCCUCCCUUGCCGACGGCGAGGUCAUUGGCAUUGCCGGCCUGGGAAAUAAAGGCAAGGUUGGCCGUGCCAAAUGGCGGGAAUUUCGGUCUCUUGUUCUUGGUGGCAUUCCUGUUGCUCUCCGUGCCAAGGUCUGGUCGGAGUGCAGCGGUGCCUCUGCAAUGCGGAUUCCUGGCUACUACAAAGACCUCGUGCACGGCAUUGGUGGUACCGAGCCAGACUCGUCAGUUGUGGUGCAGAUCGACAUGGACAUUCGUCGUACACUCACCGAUAAUGUGUUCUUCCGCAAAGGGCCCGGUGUUAACAAACUUAGGGAAGUGCUACUUGCAUAUUCUCGUCGCAAUGCUGAAGUUGGAUAUUGCCAGGGCAUGAACCUUAUUGCAGCGUCGCUAUUGCUUAUUAUGCCCACAGCCGAAGAUGCAUUCUGGAUACUGACCUCUAUGAUUGAAAUCAUUUUGCCGCAGCAUUACUAUGAUCAUGGACUCCACGCUUCUCGUGCUGAUCAGAUCGUAUUGCGACAGUACAUUUCGGAACUUCUACCAAAACUGUCGGCACAUCUGGAUGACCUGGGUAUUGAAUUAGAAGCACUCACCUUCCAGUGGUUCCUGUCUGUCUUCACCGACUGCCUCUCUGCGGAAGCAUUAUAUCGCGUGUGGGAUGUAGUCCUCUGUCUUAACGUGUCUAGCACCGCGACCAAUGGCUCUGCGCAAGCAGCGACCUCCUCGGCGUCCAGCGUCAAGGAUCACAUCGACAGGCCUGUGUCUGUCUCCGAAGAAGUUUCGUCUGGCAGUGGAGGCGGAAGUACAUUCCUCUUCCAGGUUGCCCUCGCUCUUCUUAAACUCAACGAACCGCAACUUCUCACGACCUGCUCGACCCCGGCUGCUUUGUACACGUACAUCAACCAUCAAAUGACCAACCAUGCCAUUAGCAUUGAUGGUCUCAUUCAAGCCAGUGAAGCACUGCGCAACAUGGUCCGUCGAGAAGAUGUGAUCGUCCGCCGAGCAGCCGCUCUGCAAGAAUUAAACCCAUGA